GAGUGUGCUGUAUGCUACCCUAUUAUCAUGUUGUGCGAGAUGACUAAUUCUUCAUCAAACGGGUUUAUAAAUAUCUCGCUUGAAGCCCGAUCGUUCUCCUUCUUAUUCCACGAUUACAAGCACUGACAACUUAAAAUUGCGGCAAUGGACAUUCUGUCACGGUUGAUUAACCAGAGCACAGCCCUGGAGAAGGGCGAAGGGCAAUCAUACGCCGUCCAACUUCUAUGCCUUAUAGUUGUUGUGUACAUAGUUCGCAUUGGAUAUCACGCCUAUGGCGGCCCUACUGGCCGGAUCCCAGGACCAUGGCUGGCGCGGUUCACCAGGCUUUGGGAACUUCGAGAAGUAAGCAAGGGUAACUUUGAACAGGUUAACAUCGAAUUACACCAGAGAUAUGGUCCCAUCGUCCGCAUCUCACCCUCGACCUUCAGCAUUAGCGAUCCAGCCGCAAUCAAGCAGAUAUAUCUUGGGAGAACGACUUUGAGGAAGGCCAGGUUUUAUGAGACAUUCGGGAAUCCAACACCAGGCUAUGCAAACCUGUUCUCCGAGACCGAUAACAAAAGACACGCACAAGGUCGGAAAGCGGUAGCAAAUUUCUUCUCAAUGUCGACGUUAGUCACGUACGAGGGGUGUGUCGAUCGGUGCAACUUCCAUCUACGCGCGAAGUUGAGAGACUUCGCACAGCAAGGGAAACCCUUUGAUGUCGAGACUUGGAUGCAAUUUUAUGCCCACGAUGUGAUUGGUGAUAUCACCUUUGGCGAGACCUUCGGGAUGAUGGAAAAGGGUCAGGAUGAGCACGGCAUCCUGGAGAGCAUUGACAGAACCAUGGCAUACGCCGCUCGGGUGGGCGUCAUCCCCGAGAUACAUCCAUGGCUGGCGUGGCUGGCGCGAGUGAUUCCGAUUAAAAUCCCAUUUUACAAUGUGCAGAAAUAUGUUCUUGGUCAAAUUGAUUCUCGUUCGGGGAUCGAUCGAGCUGGAAAUGACUUUCUUACUAAAUUGCUCACGCUGAGGAAGGGAAACAAGGUUACCAAACUUGAUGUGGAGAACACUGUCGGGAAUAAUAUCAUGGCCGGCUCUGACACCACGGCUAUAUCCCUCAGCGUCGUGAUCUAUUUGUUGCUUAAGAGCCCAGGAGCGGCGAAGAAGUUGAGAGAGGAGAUCGAUACCUUUGCUGCCGCUGGCAAGCUGUCUAACCCGGCUACCUUUGAACAGGCUCGUCAAAUGCCGUACUUGCAGGCUUGCAUCAAAGAAGCCCUGAGAGUCCAUCCUGCGGCUGGACGAUCAUUCCUACGCGUGGUGCCUCCUGAGGGGCAGACUAUCGCGGGACAAUACUUUCCCAGUGGGGCCAUGGUUGGUGUCAACCCGUGGGUCGUUCACUACAACCCAGACGUCUUCGGCCGCGACGCAGCAGAAUUCCGCCCGGAACGGUGGCUAGACUUGGACAAAGAGAAGCUAUCGCUCUUGGAACAGAGCCUUUUAACAUUCGGCGUCGGUGUCCGCACGUGUAUUGGGAAGAAUCUAAGCCUGCUGGAAAUGUCAAAGGUAAUCCCACAGCUGUAUCGCGAGUUCGAGUUUAACCUUGCCGAGCCAAAAGGGACAUGGACGACGUGGAAUGAUUGGUUUGUGAAGCCGAAGUUUCAGUGCUAUGUGAAGUUGCGUAGCGAUAUUUGA